GACCAUAAUGGAGGAGGUUGCCCACCGCUGGACCCGAGGUUGCCUCCCUUAAAAGCCGCUUCUGCAACCCACCCUUCUUUCUUCCCCUUCCUUUAAACCGUCAUCACUCACCACUCUCUCUCCCCCCUCAUUACUUUCUCUCUCUCUAAAAUUCCAUGAUGGGCUCCAGGAGGCGCCUGGCUCCCCUCACAGAGGGUCCUUCCGACCAGGAUGAUCCCCUGGACCACGCCCCAUAUGCAAGCAGCUACCUGAAGAAGAAGCAGAGCAGCUCGAGGUCUUGGAUGGAGUGGCUCAAAGAGCAGUUACCACUUCUCUCUCACAAGAAAUCCAACCUCAAGAUCCUCUUAGCCGUCUUGGGUUGCCCUCUCUCCCCACUUCCGCUCACACAAAGGAAAACCUCAGCGGUGGUUGCGCAGGUGAACUCUUCGGCGCAAUACAUAAUCCGGCAGUUUGAGGCGGCGUCCGGGUGCAAACGGGCGGAGGAGGCUGUCAAGAACAUGUAUGUAAUGGGGAAAGUGAAGAUGGUGAUGGUACAAGUAGAAUGUGGGGCGAAUUCAUCGUAUACGUUGUCUUCUUCUUUAUCAGGUAGUGGUGGUGGGGUGGUGGAGGAAGGGUGCUUUGUUAUAUGGCAAAUGGCGCCAGAGAAGUGGCUGAUGGAGCUGGAUGUUGGCACCCACAAGGUAGUGGCCGGCAGCGACGGCAAGAUCGCGUGGCGCCACACCCCUUGGCUUCCCUCUCACGCCGCCAAGGGUGGCGUACGUCCCCUCCGCCGUAUCCUUCAGGGACUGGAUCCUUUUACAGUGGCGUCCACCUUCUUAGGGGCCGAUUAUGUCGGAGAGAAGCAGAUUUCUGAUGAGGAUUGCUUCAUGCUGAAAUUGGCAGUUGAUCGAGAAGCCCUUGUGGAGCGUAGUGACAGUGCAGCAGAGAUCAUCAAGCACAAUCUAGUGGGUUACAUGAGCCAACGAAGCGGGUUACUAGUUCACUUAGAGGACUCCUACCUCACUCGAAUACAGCCCCCGGGAUCUCAGGCUACAUACUGGGAGACUACGAUUGCUUCCUCAAUUGGGGAUUACAGAGCAAUCGAAGGCAUCAUGGUUGCGCACUCAGGCCACUCCUCUGUGACCAUAACAAGGUUUGGAGAUGGUGUCAAGGUUGGAGGCGCAACCACACGAAUGGAGGAGGCGUGGGCUAUCGAGGAUCUCGUCUUCAAUGUGCCCGGCCUCUCAGUUGAUUGCUUCAUACCACCAGCUGAGGUCCACAAGGAAUCCCUUCCUGAUAUAACCUCAUGAUCCUAUCCUUGUUAGCUCCUCUUCGUUACUGAAUGCUUGGAAGCUCCAUGAAACAAGGUUCCUAGCUUAUUAGUUCAUGGGAUAUCCAUCUAACAGGUUUUGGAUUCAAUUUCUUCAUACAAUCCCAACCUUCUAUGCUGCAUGUGCUCAAGGCAACCACAAAAGGCACUAUUGUGAAGCCCCUAAAGGGGAGAUGCUUUGAUGUGCAAAACCUUGCACAUAAGCAUAUAGAUGUUGAAUCUACACACUAGUUAUGAACUUAGGCUGUACCCUUGUAUCAUUAAAAUAAGGGGUGUAACUUUUAAGCAUGUGUUUUAAUGGAAAAGCAUACAUAAGACUAUUUGUUU